UUUUUUUGAAAAAGUCGCCUUUGGCUCUUUUUAAUCAUUUUCUCUGUGGUUAUUUCUAGCGAGAGUGCCUAUGUUCUUUUGUGUGCUCGGUGUCUUUUGUGGGAGCGUUCUCCAAACCAUUUCCAGGCAUAAUGGAAAGUCAAGGUUUUGAGGGAGACGAUUUUUUCCCUUCCCUCGAACCCAUGGUCAUAAUCAACAGUCAGGAUGAUGAGGAUGACGACCACGAUAACUUUGGGGCUGAUGGAACCAGGGACUCCUGGAGUUGCUUGGCGAAACCCUCCAACGAUGACUCCACCCCUAGACUGGAACCAGAGAUUUCAAUUUUUCCCGUAAACAGAAAACAGCCGUCGACUUUCAAGAUCAAACUAUUUGGAAAUGGCUUUAAAAAUCACUCUGCAACUAGUAAAAAAUCUAACAAAGCCACCGAGUCUAAGAACACAGGUAGCAGAACGCCGGUGAGAUUAGUGUCGAAAGACGAAGCUAUGAAGGCAGCAGAGCCCUAUACAAAGCGCAAAAGUAGCCCCCUAGCGAAAUGCCCCCUUUGCAAGAAGUUCUUCAAGCGGAUGAAGACGCACCUGAUGAAGCACCAAGUGCUAGAGAACCAAGAACAGUGCUCGACUUUGAUAUGCGAGAUUUGCAAAAAGGCCUUCAAUAAUCACAGUAAUUUGCAAAUUCAUAUGAGAACGCACACUGGCGACAAACCCUAUGUGUGCGUGGUGUGCAAUAAAUCCUUUUCGCAAAGCUGCAAUCUGGUUAACCAUGUCAGGAUUCAUACAGGCGAGAAGCCAUUUGCGUGCCCGUAUUGCGACAAGGCUUUUACCCAGUCGGGCAACUUGAACAAUCACAUUCGGCUUCACACCGACGAGAAGCCCUUUCGCUGCCAUUUCUGCGAAAAGGCCUUUACGCAGAGCGGCAAUCUCAACUCGCAUAUCAGGAAUAAUCAUAAAUAUAAAAACUCCAACGCGCUUUUAGCCAAUUUCCAUCAAGCAAACGAGAAAAGCGAAAUUGCCGGUAUUUAUGCCGGGCUACAAGACAAUGUAAAUAUGUAAAAUAUAUAAUUAUUGCCCUGAUCGACUGAAUAGUUGAACAUAUUUGCGAUGCAAACGGCUCACUAGCUUGCCAGGCGAACAGUACUUUUUGCGCAAAUGUAGGUAGACUAAGACCCCAGUCGCCCUUAUGUAACAAGACUUUCAAUGCCAUGUAUAAAGAUCUCAUUUUAUUUAUAUUAUACUCCCUUUUAAGUAUUAUAAAUGAUGUUGUUUAUUACAGAUUAAGUGCUGGGUGCCGUUGCAAAUUAAUACGUUCCCUAAUUUAAAAAAAUUAACAUGCAUUCUGGAGACUGAGCCCGCACUGACUUCUGUUACUAAGAUUUAAUUUGCAACGAAGCAGGUACUUUUAUUUUUUACUACUGUAUGUGAUUUUUGCAAUUGCAAUAGUGCCCCUUUUACGGUACUGGCUAAGACUGUUAUUUUUUCUGUUGUUGUUUUUCUUUUCGUGCAAUCGUUUUAUGUAUUUGUGAUUUUCCUUCUAUGAAAACUAAACAGCUCCACAGACAACUUUGCCCUCACUUUGGAACCGGAUCAGUUCUGAUUGUUUUGAGCAAUUUGGUUCCUGUUUAAAGCGUUAUUUAGCAUCAUUUCAGUUCUGUUAGUCUAUGUUUUCUAUAGGGCGACAAGAAAAUGCAAAAUCGGUGAAAGUUCGGUAUGCUCCUAGUUGGAAACAUCGGUUUUUUUUUCUUGGUCCGAGUUUCACGAUUUGUGGGUUUAAAGCUCAUGUUGAAGCGUAAACUUCAUGGGCGAUUUGAGACAAAAUUGAAUUUGUCUGUCCAGUCGCCUCUGAAUUCUUAGCUUCAAAAAGAGCUCUAGCUUUUAAAAAUCCGCUUAAGAGAAAAAAUUAUGACUGCAAGACCAAAAACUUGAUUUUUUUAGGCCCACUCUGUAAAUAAACCAGAUGAGCAGAAAAAUCAGACACGUUUUUUGCGAUGUGACUGUCUAUCUGGACGCUUGUGAUGUGGAUGAAAUACAAAAAACAGUUUUUUUGUCCAACUGAGAACACGCGAAACUUUCACCAGUUUUGCAUUGGUUCGCCCUGUACAAACUUUAUCUGGCGCGCUAAUUUGAAAAAGAAUUGCACUAAAGAACGUUUCAAACAGAAGAAUUUAUCGAGUUCCAAAGUUAUGUGGAGCAGUUUCGUUAGCUGUUUCCACUACUUUGGAAUUGAAAAUUUAAUCAAGGUGAAGAAUGUUCCUUAAAAACCUUAUUAUUCUAUAAGAUAUACAUUACUCAGAUUUGUGUGUGUAUGACCGCUAUUUAAUUCCAUAUUGUAGUUUUUUAAGCAAGCAGGCAAAUAUAUGAGAUUGGUUUGA